AUGGCUUAUCCUCAACCAGAGGACCCCUUCCUUGAAGUCCAAACAGACGUCCAAUCAACACUCCAAACCACCCGUCACCUGUUCUCGUCAUAUUUGCGCAUUCGAACGCUUACAACAUCGGCCACCUCGCCUGAACUGCAACAAUCCCGCGCAGAGCUGCGUUCGAAUCUCGAGACCCUUUCCACUGACCUUGCGGACCUGCUCGAGUCAGUGUCCGCCGUGGAAUCCGACCCGUAUCGAUUCGGUCUUGACGUCGCCGAAGUCCAACGUCGGCGACAAUUCGUCAAAGAUGUUGGGGACGAGGUGGAGGGUAUGCGCCAUGAGCUGGAAGGCGUGACUGCGGAUACUCAUGUUGCGGGCCAUGGUGCUUCCCGGAACCCGAGGCUGCCUAGGCCAUCAGAUUUUGAGGAUGACAACCACGACGACGACGAUCCCUAUGAAGAAUUCGAGGCGCAGCAGCAAGCAACGAUGAUGGCCGAGCAAGACGAGCAGCUGGACGGCGUGUUUCAAACAGUCGGAGUGCUCCGAGGCCAGGCAGAGGACAUGGGUCGCGAACUGGAAGAGCAAGGGCAUAUGCUUGACGAAGUUGACAGGCUUGCCGAUCGAGUCGGGGGGAAACUCACCGUCGGCGUCAAGAAGGUGGGCGAGGUAAUCCGGAAAAAUGAGGACAGCAUGAGUAGCUGUUGCAUAGCUGUCUUGAUCUUUGUCUUACUCAUACUGUUGAUCCUGCUUAUUGUCCUAUGA